AUGGUAGUCGCUAAACUGAUGAAUAAUGUUAGGAGGAAAGGGCUAAUUAUCCUUAAAGGAGUUGAAGGGUGCAGCUGGCAAGCUUUCGGGAAACUGUUGAAUGAAGCUAUGGAUAUUGGAAAGGCUCUGAUUCUGGACAACAAGAACAGGGGAUGGGUCGAUGUGGUUGGAAGAAGUGGAAACAAUGAGAGAGGAGAUGGUUCAACAGAAGGCCAUGAAAGAGGGUGA